GACAUACCGUCCUACAUACUGUCCUACAUACUGUCCUGCAUACUGUCCUGCAUACUGUCCAACAUACUGUCCUGCAUACUGUCCUACAUACUGUCCUGCAUACUGUCCUGCAUACUGUCCUACAUACUGUCCUGCAUACUGUCCUACAUACUGUCCUACAUACUGUCCUGCAUACUGUCCAACAUACUGUCCUGCAUACUGUCCUACAUACUGUCCUGCAUACUGUCCUGCAUACUGUCCUACAUACUGUCCUGCAUACUGUCCUACAUACUGUCCUACAUACUGGCUUACAUAAUGUCCUACAUACUGUCCUACAUACUGUCCUGCAUACUGUCCUGCAUACUGUCCUACAUACUGUCCUACAUACUGUCCAACAUACCAUCCUACAUACCGUCCUGCAUACUGUCCUACAUACUGUCCUACAUACUGUCCUACAUAUUGUCCUGCAUAGUGUCCUACAUACCGUCCUAUAUACUGUCCUACAUACCGUCCUGCAUACCGUCCUACAUACUGUCCUACAUACUGUCCUGCAUACUGGCCUACAUACUGUCCUACAUACUGUCCUACAUACUGUCCUACAUACUGUCCUGCAUACUGUCCUACAUACUGUCCUACAUACUGUCCUGCAUACUGUCCUACAUACCGUCCUACAUACCGUCCUACAUACUGUCCUGCAUACUGUCCUGCAUACUGUCCUGCAUACUGUCCUACAUACUGGCCUACAUACGGUCCUACAUACUGUCCUACAUACUGUCCUACAUACCAUCCUACAUACUGUCCUACAUACUGUCCUACAUACCGUCCUGCAUACUGUCCUACACACUGUCCUACAUACUGUCCUACAUACCGUCGUACAUACUGUCCUACAUACUGUCCUACAUACUGUCCUACAUACUGUCCUGCAUUCUGUCCUACAUACUGUCCUACAUACUGUCCUACAUACAGUGAGGGAAAAAAGUUUUUGAUUCCCUGCUGAUUUUGUAUGUUUGCCCACUGACAAAGAAAUGAUCAGUCUAUAAUUUUAAUGGUAGGUUUAUUUGAACAGUGAGAGACAGAAUAACAACAAAUAAAUCCAGAAAAAUGCAUGUCAAAAAUGUUAUAAAUUGAUUUGCAUUUUAAUGAGGGAAAUAAGUAUUUGACCCCUCUGCAAAACAUGACUUAGUACUUGGUGGCAAAACCCUUGUGGUCUAAGGCACUGCAUCGCAGUGCUAGCUAGGCCACUAGAGAUCCUGGUUCGAAUCCAGGCUCUGUCGUAGCCGGCCGCGACCGGGAGACCCAUGGCGUGGUGCACAAUUGGCCUAGCGUCGUCCAGGGUAGGGGAGGGAAUGGCCGGCAGGGAUGUAGCUCAGUUGGUAGAGCAUGGUGUUUGCAACGCCAGGGUUGUGGGUUUGAAAAAUACAAAAAAUAAUGUAUGCACUCACUAACUGUAAGUCGCUCUGGAUAAGAGCGUCUGCUAAAUGACUAAAAUAUAAAAGUAAAAAUGUAAUCACAGAGGUCAGACGUUUCUUGUAGUUGGCCACCAGGUUUGCACACAUCUCAGGAGGGAUUUUGUCCCACUCCUCUUUGAAGAUCUUCUCCAAGUCAUAAAGGUUUCGAGGCUGACGUUUGGCAACUCGAACCUUUAGCUCCUUCCACAGAUUUUCUAUGGGAUUAAGGUCUGGAGACUGGCUAGGCCACUCCAGGACCUUAAUGUGCUUCUUCUUGAGCCACUCCUUUGUUGCCUUGGCCGUGUGUUUUGGUUCAUUGUCAUGCUGGAAUACCCAUCCACGACCCAUUUUCAAUGCCCUGGCUGAGGGAAGGAGGUUCUCACCCAAGAUUUGACGGUACAUGGCCCCGUCCAUCGUCCCUUUGAUGUGGUGAAGUUGUCCUGUCCCUUUAGCAGAAAAACACCCCCAAAGCAUAAUGUUUCCACCGCCAUGUUUGACGGUGGGGAUGGUGUUCUUGGGGUCAUAGGCAGCAUUCCUCCUCCUCCAAACAUGGCAAGUUGAGUUGAUGACAAAGAGCUCGAUUUUGGUCUCAUCUGACCACAACACUUUCACCCAGUUCUCCUCUGAAUCAUUCAGAUGUUCAUUGGCAAACUUCAGACGGCCCUGUAUAUGUGCUUUCUUGAGCAGGGGGACCUUGCGGGCGCUGCAGGAUUUCAUUCCUUCACGGCGUAGUGUGUUACCAAUUUCUUUCUUGGUGACUAUUGUCCCAGCUGCCUUGAGAUCAUUGACAAGAUCCUCCCGUGUAGUUCUGGGCUGAAUCCUCACCGUUCUCAUGAUCAUUGCAACUCCACGAGGUGAGAUCUUGCAUGGAGCCCCAGGGCGAGGAAGAUUGACAGUUCUUUUGUGUUUCUUCCAUUUGCGAAUAAUCGCACCAACUGUUGUCACCUUCUCACCAAGCUGCUUGGCGAUGGUCUUGUAGCCCAUUCCAGCCUUGUGUAGGUCUACAAUCUUGUCCCUGACAUCCUUGGACAGCUCAUUGGUCUUGGCCAUGGUGGAGAGUUUGGAAUCUGAUUGAUUGAUUGCUUCUGUGGACAGGUGUCUUUUAUACACGUAACAAACUGAGAUUAGGAGCUCUCCCUUUAAGAGUGUGCUCCUAAUCUCAGCUCGUUACCUGUAUAAAAGACACCUGGGAGCCAGAAAUCUUUCUGAUUGAGAGGGGGUCAAAUACUUAUUUCCCUCAUUAAAAUGCAAAUACUUUUAUAAUAUUUUUGACAUGCAUUUUUCUGGAUUUUGUUGUUGUUAUUCUGUCUCUCACUGUUCAAAUAAACCUACCAUUAAAAUUAUAGACGGAUUAUUUCUUUGUCAGUGGGCAAACAUACAAAAUUAGCAGGGGAUCAAAUACUUUUCCCCCUCACUGUACUGUCUUGCAUACCCUCCUACAUACCGUCCUACAUACUGUCCUACAUACUGUCCUACAUACCGUCCUACAUACUGUCCUGCAUACUGUCCUACAUACUUUCCUACAUACCGUCCUACAUACUGUCCUACAUACCAUCCUGCAUACUGUCCUACAUACCGUCCUACAUACUGUCCUACAUACCGUCCUACAUACUGUCCUGCAUACUGUCCAACAUACUGUCUUACAUACUGUCCUACAUACUGGCCUACAUACCAUCCUGCAUACUGUCCUGCAUACUGGCCUACAUACCGUCCUACAUACUGUCCUACAUACAGUCCUACAUACUGUCCUACAUACUGUCCUGCAUACUGUCCUACAUACUGUCCUACAUACUGUCCUACAUACUGUCCUGCAUACUGUCCUACAUACCGUCCUACAUACUGUCCUACAUACCAUCCUACAUACUGUCCUGCAUACUGUCCUACAUACUUUCCUACAUACCGUCCUACAUACUGUCCUACAUACCGUCCUGCAUACUGUCCUGCAUACUGGCCUACAUACCGUCCUACAUACUGUCCUACAUACCGUCCUACAUACUGUCCUACAUACUGUCCUGCAUACUGUCCUACAUACUGUCCUACAUUCUGUCCUACAUACUGUCCUACAUACCGUCCUACAUACUGUCCUACAUACUGUCCUGCAUACUGUCCUAAAUACUGUCCUACAUUUUGUACUACAUACCGUCCUACAUACUGUCCUACAUACUGUCCUGCAUACUGGCCUACAUACUGUCCUACAUACCAACCUACAUACCGUCCUACAUACUGUCCUGCAUACUGGCCUACGUACUGUCCUACAUAA